GGUGCAUUGUAUGGGUGGCAGCUUGACUGUUAUUACAUAUGCGCCCUUGCGUGCACAAAGCAGAGUAGCGGUGGCUCGCUAGCAUGAACGUGGCAUUCAAUCGAUAGCGCUCUCGCGUGCACAGAGCACUAUAACAAUAGCUAUAAACGACCGUACAUUAUGGGCGCAUGUACGAGGAUGGAAACUUACUCAGACUUGUUGAAAGAUCGUCUAGCAUCAAACUGGGGAUGGAUGGUGGUGAUGAUGUCAUGGAUUCUGUUUAUCGUCAUAUUCGGCAUUAUGUAUUCAUAUGGGAUUCUAUUCGUCGAGUCUCAGGCUGAGUUUGAGAGCUCUGCGACACUCACGGGUUGGGCAGGGUCAAUUCCCAUAGGGCUCACUGUUCUCCUCGCCCCGCCCAUGAACGUUAUCAUCGACCGUUUCGGCUACCGUCCCGUUGCCGUCAUGUCUCUCGUCAUCGCAUCAGCAGGGGUAGUGGCGACGUCUUUCGUACCCAACAUGCUUCUCGUCUACGUCACAUACAGCUUGAUGUUUGGAUGUGGGUCUGGAGCUAUUUUCCUUGUCGUCAUGAGUCUUGUCGUACAUUACUUCCCAUCAAAGAACUGUGUAAGAGCCUUGGCAGUCACUCUCAGUGGCACUAGCAUUGGUAUGCUGUCCUUUGCACCAUUUUUAAGAUUACUCAUUGAUCGAUUCGGAUGGAGAACCACCCUUCGGAUUAUUGGCUCAUUGUACUUCAUCUUGGGCAUCCCUUGCGUUGCAAGCUUCGUACCAUCCUCACCUGAUAUAGCGCCCUCUGUAAAGGGCCAACAGACUGAUGGAGAUGGUCGUAGAAUGAAGGAUAUUCAGACCUCGGUAGAAACACACGAUGAUUGUUCAAAUCAGGAUUCAUCCACGCAUAAUAACGCAGGCGAUAGUACUGAUGAAAAGCAUGGAGUCGUAGAAAAGUAUAGUCCUAAAAAAGUUAGCGUGGAUGGAGAAAAACCUGAAGAUAGGCCUGUUAUUUCAAGUAGUACUCAGCACUCGUUGUAUGAAGAGGAUACAUCCAUGAUGCAACGGCUGCGUCAAGCUAUGACUUAUCCAGAGCUAUCGUUCAUCAGUGUAGCUGUUAUCAUUAAUGGGCUUGCAGAUUGCUUCUAUUACGUUAACAUGGUUAGCUACAUGGUAUCUGUAGGGUUCACGGAGACGGAUGGGGCACGUAUCUUAUCCGUCAUUGGAGCGUCAACCGCCGUCGGUAAAAUCACUCUCUCGUUUGUCAGUGAAUGGCUCCCAUUUCCGGUCUAUUACGUCAUGCUUAUCGCCUCUGUGGUGAGCUGCGUAGUGAUGUGCUGUUUUCUUGUUAUCAAAAACCUCGCACUUAUGUUCUGCCUAGCGGCUGUUAUCGGUGGAGUAAUGAUAAGUACAACUGCAGUGGUGACUUAUUCUAUUCCUAGUACUUUUUUUGGUCCUGAACGCUCUCAACAGACCUGGCCUGUAAUUCUUUUCUGCAAUGGCGUCGGUCUAAUGUGUGGCUCACUAGUCGGCCAGUCUAUUGAUCGUACUGGAUCAUACAGAAGUGCCAUCUGGACUUUUAUUGGAUUGUACAUUGUCGUUUGCUUACUUCUCAUCGCAGCACCCCUCUACCAAAGGACAUUUGCUCCCAAACGUUACGUCGUACAAGAGUUACAUCGAGUAAAGCGCUUGGAUAUAAAGAAGAAGGGCGUUGAACAGGAGGAUACCAGUGAAAAGUUUGCGGACAUCUCAAAAUUCAGUGGGACAAAUUAUGAAGUGGUAUAUGAACGCGUGUCAACGGUAUAAUAAGUGGCCUAUAUUUGUGUGCGCGACACCAAUGGCAGAGAAGCCCUUUACCUGAUACGCACGCCCACUUCCUUGCUUGAUACCUACACCAACCAAGAGCAUACUGACUCAUGACAUUAUACCAACUACCAAAUAUAUGGCUUUCCAGUACUGCUCGUAUCUAUUAUUUCUCUUCGUUGAAUCCUCUUAUAUGUCAUUAAUGUUUUUCCCCACUCUUUAAACCUAUUUGUUAGUACAUGUACAUUGCUAUUGAAGCAAUAUUAAUAAUUUUCACAAAACCUUCCCCUCAGAAGGGCAACAACUUAUUUUUGAAAUUUGCGUUGAGAUAAUUAUUGUCGUACAAAAGGUAAUAGCAGAAAGUGAAUGAAAUCUUCCAUCACCACACACAUGUGGGAUGGGAGCAUCCAUAAAUGUGAAUACAUUUACUUGAUUUACGACUUUGCAUAGCUGAAUAAUUCACGUUAUACAAGAAAUGGCGAUGCCCAUUGUUGUGCUGAGUAACUGUACAUUAUGCUAAGAAUAUCUUACUUUACAUCUCUCCCAAACAUUUUGUUGUGGAACCUUGUAGAUUAGUGAUUGUAAACGUUAUACAUAGUAGAUUUUGUAAUUGUUAUUUUUAGAGUGUUAUGCACUUAGAGAGCAUAUCAUUAUUUUGUUUUUCUUUUUAAAUGUAAAGCGCUUUCAGCAUGUUAAUGUAAAGG